CGAGAAGCUUGACCGAUAGCCGCAGCGACCGUUUGGCGGAGACUUAGUGUCCAGGACUCGUCCGGAACCAAGUUUCAAAGAAUUAUAUUACUGCACACCGUCCCACCUCUCUCGUGAAUGAAUAAACUGCACAUCAGCCUGUCAUCACAGAUCACGUGCUGUUCUACCUGCGCUCCUGCCUGUUGUCCCUGACCACAGUCACCAUGCCUCGGGGUAAGAGGGGUAAGAAGGGUAAGCCCCACACCUGUAAGAAACGUCGCCAGGAUCAGCAUGGCACCCAGGAUCUGAGGGGCGCUCAGGUCACUGCCACCACGAUGGAAGCACACUCCUCUUCCUCCAGUCCUGGUCCAGGGGUUGAUGCUAAAGGAAAGCCCAGUGCUAGGUCUGGUAACCAUCUCAAGCGUCCUCGGGGGGCGCUGGCCACCACCACUGUGCCUGCAGAUGUUUCUUCCACAAGAUCAUCCAAAAGAGCCAUUGGGAAAAUUGGGAAAACACAUAAUUCCCCUCAGGCCCCUCUCUCCAACGUGCGGUCUAGAAAACGCUCACUAGCCAGGCCGACGUAUCUGUUGGUGCAGUUCCUGUUACGCAUGUAUAAGACGAAAAAGCCCAUUACGAAAGUGGAUAUGCUGAAGAUCAUCGAUAAAAAGUACCAAAAUCGAUUCCUCAGGAUCCUCAAAAGAGCUUCUGAGAGCAUGGAGGUGGUAUUUGGUAUUGACGUGAAGAAAGACAACACUGCCAAGCAUUCUUAUGUCCUUGUCAGCAAGAUGAAUCUCCCCCGCAACGGGAUUGUGCACCGUGGCAGGGGUUUUCCCAAGACCGGUCUCCUGAUGAAUCUCCUGGGUGUGAUCUUCAUGAAGGGCAACUGCGCCACAGAGGAAGACAUCUGGAAUUUCCUGGGUAAGAUGGAAAUCUAUGCUGAGAAGAGGCACUUCUUAUUUGGGGAGCCCAAGAAGCUCAUCACCCAAGAUUUGGUGCAGCUGAAGUAUUUGGAAUAUCGGCAAGUGCCCGGCAGCAGUCCAGCAUGCUAUGAGUUCCUGUGGGGCCCAAGAGCGCAUGCUGAAACGAGCAAGAUGAGAGUCCUGGAGUUCCUGGCCAGGAUUAACCAUUUGGAUCCCAGUGCCUUCCACUGUCGUUAUGAAGAGGCUUUGAAAGAUGAGGAAGAGAGGGCCCAAGCCAGUGGAUGACCCAGCGUUCCUCCAGCAGUUCCUUCCACACCUAGUGAAGUUGAGGCAAAUUCUGCCUUUUGUGGCUGAAGAGAGUAUUCACAGUGCUCCAAGUACUAUAGGACUGGACGUCACUGAGGGUUCACAGUGUAAAAUACCCUGGUGUUCCUGUUCUGUAUGGGGAAUUGAGAGAUAAAUCUGUGUUUUUAUGUUCUUGCUACUUUUCAACUGUUGCUCCUAAAUGAAAGCUUAUCUAGCAUAUAUGUGUACAAAUUCAUCAGUCACACUUAACCAUUCUUUGUUGGUCUUAAGGAUAAGAGUUUUUCUGUUGUGUAAAGCAAAUGGGGAAGCUUCCAUCUUAUUUAGUAAGCCAGUGAAAGAUAACAUGGGAUUGCAAUAUGUUAUUUCCUUGAAAAUACAAAAAAAGUUAAGCAGUAAAAUAUGUGGGAUCAAGAAAUAGAGGAAAAGGAAGA